GCCUCAUUCCUCGUGGCGCAACGGAAUCAGGAUGAGCUCUUCGCCGUUUAAUUCCAAGACAAUCUCGCCGUUUCUUGUUUCUUUCUGCAACUCGCGUUCGUUUGUUGUGUUUGUAUUUCGGGAAGUGGUGGUCGUGUUCAUCCUUCCCGAAAUUAUUUUUUUAUCCUCUCCUUUUUUUUUCUUUUCAUUUUGUUUAAUUUGUGAAGUAUGCAGGAUCAAGAACCCUAAGGUUCGUCAGUAUUUUGAUUCUUUUCGCGUUUAAUUUGGUUAGGAUAAUGAAAAUUUGCAAUCUUGGUGGGGUUUUGUUGGCUUUUCUACGAAACAAGACACCCAAGUUUCGAUUUUGACGAGUUUUCCCUUGAGGUAAGGACAGGAGGGAGCUUUAUGAGCUGGUAAGGGGCCUCCGUGGUGGGAUUUGUAGGCCGCCGGUUGUUCUCGAUCUGUGUUUUUGAGGACCUCUGGUCUUUGAUUUGAAGAAACUGGUGCUCUGAUUGCGGGAAGAGCAUUGUGUUUCUCUCUGCUGCUUGGGAUUGGAAGUUUUGGCAUCAUCAUGGCGUCCUCCUUCCCGGCGAUUCCGACCGUUGCUCGUAGCGUGCUAGAGGAAAUGCUGGAUGCCCUCAAGCUGAGGGAAGAGAAACCGAAGGACGUCCCUCCAGCACUGCCGGCCCGACCCACAAUGAGACGUCGCCUUCCUUCCGCGAAAAAAUCCCUGCCUAUGAAAUUUAGCAUUGGGAGGAACGAGGCAGGAUCUUCGUCGAAAGAUCCUGGUGUGAUGGAAGGGGAUGCGAGGUCGGAGUCGAGGGAAUUCAGUAUUGGCAUCAAGGCAUCCUUGGAAGAUCCGGAAGAUGAGAACGGUGACCACAGCGGCUAUGUAGAGGCGGAGGAGGCUUCAGACAAGGACCACGAUAAGUUGCAUGCUUCCAGAUCAGAAGAGCUCGAGAAGCAGGUUCUUAAGAUGAAGACAGAAAUGAGACAGAAAGAGGAGGAGAAUGUUGAACUGUUGCAACAAGUUCAGCAGAUUGAGGACAAAUGGUCACUGUGUGAGGAAAAGAUGAAGUCCAUGGAGGAAUUAUAUCAGAAACAGAUAGAGUCUUUGAAGGUGAGCCUAGCUGCAGUACAGAAGAGCCUUGCUGCUAAUGACAUGGUUAAACAACCUGGAAAAUUUGAUAUGCCUGCUGAUGCACGACCACCAACUAAGCAUCAUGACUCUGUAACUGGACUGUCAAAGGAUGUGGAUGGCAGAAAUAAUGCUGUUGGUCAAUUAACAAAGGAGUUUGAGAAGCAGAAACAGAUAUUUGAGGAGGAUGCUCGUGUUCUAAGUGAGGUGAAAUCUGGGCAGUUGGGGUCUGUUAAAAAAUCGAUCGAAGAGCUUCAGAAGUUGAAGGUUCGUUAUGCAGCUUGGAAGAAGGAAUACAAGGUUCGUUUUCACGAUACAAAGGCAUCACUUCGGAAGCUGGGAAAAUCAGAUGUGAAGCCCAAGAAGGUGGGCAGGAGAGGAGCACAUUGCUUCCAGUUAAGGUGUUACACCGGUUUCAAGUGCUGCAUCUGAUGGAGUGGCAGACGUUGCCUGUGUCGUGCCAAUUACAAGAGAAGUUGUUCAUUUUAGCGGUCGAGUUGAUCUGAUGUUGAGCAAAGUGUAUUUUCUUACAAAUGCUAAUGUGAACAGUAGAUGGAUUCUAAGUUUUGUAUUCUUGUUCAAGAUCAAUAUUGAUAUGAAUGAGAUGAGAUAUAUGG